UUUUCUUUUUUCUCUUGCAAGUCUUCCUACCUUUCUUUUUUUUCAACCAAGCUAUACGAGAAAGCAUCCCAAGCAAAGUAAUGGCCAUCCGUCUGCCUCGUAUUAUUCAAGCUAAGCAAAGCCUUAGACCAUCUUCCAAGGAUGUUUCGAAGGGCUAUAUUGCAGUUUAUGUUGGAGAAAGUGAAAAGAAGCGCUUUGUGAUUCCCAUAGCUUACCUGAAUCAGCCUACAUUCCAAGAAUUGUUGAGUCAAGCUGAGGAAGAAUUUGGCUUUGAUCAUCCAAUGGGGGGUUUGACAAUCCCUUGCAGAGAAGACAAGUUCAUUGAUCUGACCUCUUGCUUGAGUAAAAACAUGAGUUAGCAGCACUGGCAUGUAAAUUUAGAGAACAGUAGUAGUUUUUUAUAUAUAUGAGAUAGCAAGGCACAAUUUUUGUGACGUAGAAAACAGAUAAAUUUUGUACAGUUUCCUUUCUUCCAUCAAAGAAAGAAGAGGAUUAUGAAUAGUGGCACAUGCUUCGUUUGCAUUCUCUCUCAUUUUUUAAAAAAUCCUUUGUGAGUAUGCAAUUUGACUGAGAAAGGAAGAAAGGAAAUGCAGGCCAUACUUCCAAACAGAUGAAGAUAUAAUUGAUGAGGGAAAUGAAGAACUAGAAUUCUUUUCUCA